AUGCCCCUUAACAAAACGGCAUGCUUCGGGUCGGACCCACGAAAUGCACAACUUUCGCUAUUACAAGAAGGUCGAUCGAAACGUCUAUGUAUACGAAACACAGUAACGUAUUUACAGAGUGUAAUAUGCUCAAAGUUCAAAAUGCACACCAGACUGGCCCUGGAUCGACCGUAUUUACAUCGAAAAAAUUCACUUCCGUCGACUUGUUCCAACUAUUUAACGACACACAACGCUCCGGACACACCGUAUCUAUCGAUUACGUGCACAACCUGUACUCGAAAAGGCGUUUUUAACCUGAAAAUAACUAAUGAACCAUAUUUUGUUCACAAUUCACACAUGUGGUCGGACGCCCAAAAAGGGUAUUUUCCGCAACACACGGAACUCGCGGAAGGCUGUGACUUCUAA